GGUCUAUUACGCUUCUAGUUCACACGACUAUGCGCGUCCCCAGCCUUUUAGCGACAGCUCUGGCGCUCUCAAGCGGCGCGAGCGCAGCGUUCGGACUGACAUCGACGAGCGCGAAAUAUACUGUGGACACAGAUGGCGGUCUGGUUUUCGAGGUCAACAGGUCCAACGGGGAUAUAACCAGCCUCAAAUACAAUGGUGUUGAGUACCAAGGCACUGGUAAGGCAUCGGCAAUCAACUCUGGACUAGGUACUUCCACAGUCACCGGCGAAACUGUGAAUGGCUACGUCAAGAUCACGGCCAAGGCGUCUAAUCUUCCAGUGACCCAAUACUAUGUCGCAAAACCCAAGGAUCCCACAGUUUACAUGGCUACAUACAUAACUGGAGAGGUCGAUCCUGGGGAGCUACGAUGGCUCGCACGACUGCGUACUUCGGAGCUUCCCACUGGUGUGCAUGGAAGCGCGGGUGACACCCGAGGUUGCACUGCGUUUGAAGGCAAAGACACUUUCAAUUGCCCUAAUGGACAGACACGCUGCAAAAUGUAUACAUCAGACCGUUUCAUUGACGAUAAGGUACACUGCGUGUCAGGAUCGAAAACCCAAGUAUGCAUGAUCAUGCCAGGUACUGCGUACGAAACCUCUGCAAGUGGCCCUUUCAUGCGCGACAUCAACAGCCAAACUGGCUCGAGUGACCAAGAAUUAUACUGGUACAUGAACUCUGGGCAUGUCCGGACCGAGAAAUGGCGCUUUGGUCUGCAAGGACCAUAUGCGAUGACCUUUACUUCACCCAACACGAAACCUGCCGAAAAUCUAGAUACGAGUUUUUUCAGCACUUUGAGUGUCCAAGGCUAUGUCGCAGCCAGUGGGCGUGGCACUGUCACUGGAGCUGCCACGGGCAUCCCGAGCGGCUUUGAGACAAUCGUUCACUGGUUCAACAACAACGCACAGUACUGGACCAAGGGUACAGAUGGUAAAUUCACGUCGCCUUUGAUGAAGCCUGGAUCGUACAGUAUGAGGCUGUACAAGGGGGAAUUCGCAGUCGCCAACGAGACCGUGACAGUGACGGCUGGCCAGACAGUUGCGAAAGACAUCGCGUCCAAAGAGCCCAACGUGCCUGUCAUCUGGCGCAUCGGUGAGUUCGAUGGCAAGCCAACUGAGCUGAAGAAUGGCGACAAGAUCGAGAGGAUGCAUCCGUCUGACACACGCAUGGCCGGCUGGAGUGGCACAUUCACAGUCGGACAGUCCAAGGCAUCCGAUUUCCCGAUGGCUUUGUGGGCAAAGCAAGGAAGUCCUGCCACAGUCAUGUUCACGCUCACUCAGGAGCAAGUGAAAGGGCAUGUGCUUCGCAUUGGGACGACGCUUUCGUUCAAGGGUGGCAGACCAUCUGUCAAGAUUAAUAGCUGGACUGGAGCGGAUCCUGGCGCACCGGUACUUAUCGACAGUCGUGGCGUUACUCGUGGCGCCUAUCGCGGAUGGGGCGAUGUCUAUACCUGGAGCGUGCCAUCCAGUGCUUUUAAUGUUGGCGCGAACACGCUCACACUGGGGGUGUAUGGAAGCGGAGAUGCGACUUGGCUAAGCGCGAAUUACAUCUUGGACGCACUGGAGUUGCAAGAUUGAUGCCGUGCAGCAGCAUGACGGUCUGUG